CAGCUCCAGUCCAACUUCAGCUCAACCAUCGAUCACAUCUCCAGAAUUCAAAAACAUGACAGCAGCAUUCAGCAGUUCUACAGCCAUGAUCUCAUCUGUCUCAUCUACUAAUACUACUGGAGAUCAUACUGACGAUGUUGGCCCCACUCUCUCAUUGACUACAGGGGAGAGUACUGCGACCUCAUCCCCUGUCACCACCACCUACUUAAUUAGCAUCAAAAUAACAAACCGUAUUUACAAUGACAGUCUCAGUGAUCCAAACUCAACAGAAUAUAAAAAUCUCCGGAUGGAAGUUGAAUCAUUGUUCCAGCGUGCCUUCAAUGGCACGGGUGCCCAUUACCAAGGGGUAACACAAAUGAUGUUCAGCAAUGGGUCUGUCAUCGCAGAAUCAACAACACAGUUUGAAACAACCGACAUAAAUCCAGAUGUAAUUCUAUUUGAACUUAACGGUAAAGCAAAUUCAAGUUCUUCACUGAGUCUACAAGAUGGAUUUGCUAAAGUUGACUCCAGCAGCUCCAGCCCAACCAGCGGUCCUACAGCCAUGACCUCAUCUACUGAUGUCUCGUCUAGUAAUACUACCAUCACAUUCAGCACCAAACAGCCGUUAGAAGUAAACAGUACAACUUUGAUAGCCAACACAACAACACACCCAGCAACAAGUCACUUCAUGAACAUAUCUACAGUUACAGAGGACACCUCAUCCAAAAAUGGCACUAAUAAUGAAACAACCACAACAGGAGCAAUAGUGCCAUCAGCCACACAACAGUCUUCGUCAACGCAACACAGUGCUGGUGGAAACGCCUCAGAAACAGACACCUCGACCGGAGUCCCUGGCUGGGGCAUUGCCCUUCUGGUCUUGGCAGCAUUGAUCCUUUUCAUCCUUCUCAUCUUCCUUGUUUUCCUGGUGUAUUUUUGUUGCUGCCGGAGUGGAGGGAGAGGUUUCAUGAAUGUGUCGGAUCCUUACAUGCCCUUUAAUCCAGACAUCCCCAUGUACUCAAGCCACACCACCAUUGAUCUACCAACCAAUGGUAAACCCUACGACAACAAUAAUCCUAAGAACAGAAGUGGAAUGUAUGUGGUCAAUCCCAGCGUGAAGUGAUCGGCUGUCUAAUGGAAGGUGUGAGAGGACAAUAACUGGUUCAACCACCCAAUAGUGUGCCACUAAAGAAUCAUCAAAAUGUACUGUCUGAUAAAUAACAAUCACUGAAUCGUAAAAUAAGUACCAAAAAUGUUUUUUAUACUCAUGUCAUUCUUUUUAAACAUACACUACAUUGGCAAAAGUAUUGGGGCACCUGCCUUGACUCCCCAUUCUUAAUCCAAAGGAUUUAUUUUGAUGUCGGUCCACCCUUUUCAGCUAUAACAGCUUCAUCUCUACAGGCUUACCACAAGGUUUAGGAGUGUGUAUACGGAAAUUCUUUACCAUUCUUCCAGAAGUGCAUUUGUGAGGUCACACACUGAUGUUGGACAAGGAGACUGGCUUUCAGUCUCCAUUAUAUAUUUCAUCCCAAAGGUGUUUUAUUGGGUUGAGGUCAGGACUCUGUGACGAUUCCAUGCUCCCAACUUUGUGGGAACAGUUUGGAGAUGGCCCCUUCCUGGUGCAACAUGACUGUGCACCAGUGCACAAAGCAAGGUCCAUAAAAACAUGGAUGACAAAGUUUGGUGUGUUUGACUGGACUUCACACAGUCCUGACCUGACCUCAACCUGAUAGAACAACUUUGGGAUGAAUUAGAGUGGAGACUGAGAGCCAGCCCACGUCCAAUAUCAGUGUGUGACUUCACAAAUGUGCUUCUUGAAGAAUGGUCAAAAACAUACUCCUAAACCUUGUGGAAAGCCUUCCCGGAAGAAUUCAAGCUGUUAUAGCUGCAAAGGGUAGACCAACGUCAUAUUAAACCCUAUCAAUUAAGAUGUCAUUUAAUUUCAUAUGCGAGUAAUACUUUUGCCAAUAUAGUGUAUAUAGAUUUUUUUUCUCUUGAUCAAAUUUUAAUUUUAUUGUUGUACUGUCUGUAAGUUAUUGAAUAUGAGAAUUUGAAAUGAUCAAACUUAAUGUAAUUUAGAAAUACACAGGUUGUCAUGUACUGUAUAACAUUAUGUUGAGAGUUUUGUUUUUUGGUUAUGUUUAAGUAUUCAAUAAAUUGUACGUAUAAUUGCGUUGUUAUGGAUAAAUUGCUAAUUGGAUGUAGGUCAUGAAUGAAAUGUAUUGUGUACCAAUUAUCACAUAAAUUAUCUUGACAAGU